CUUUUCACUUUCUUCCCAAAUUUCACCCACUGUUCCCUGACACCAAAACCUAUAAAUUCCGUCAUCAUCUCCGGUGUAUCCACUGUAUUGCCGUCACACGUGUCAGACUAUAAAUAAGGACAUUUGAACGAUAUGAACUUAUUAUGAAGUAUAUUGCACAUGCCAAGUCCAAUUGAAUAAAAACUCUAUUUGGCCCAAAGUAAGUAUUGCACUAGUCACUUCAGUCAACGAACACGGUAGUCAACGAACACGGUAGUGAUGGAGGUGAUACGACGGCUAUCAAAACCACUCACCGGCGAAUACUUGAGGCAAACCCUAAUCAAUACAUCUCAGAUUAAGCCCAUUCUAAAACCAAGAAUUUUCUCUUCUUCAUCAUCUUCUUAUUCUACUCAAGUAGGUUGGUUUAAUGGGUUGGGAAAGAAAAAAAAAAUUAUGAGUUUACCAUCUAUUGUGCAAGCCGGUGACCCGGUUCUUCAUGAACCCGCCCGAGAAGUCAUGGUUGGAGAAAUCGGGUCGGAGCGUAUCCAGAAGAUAAUUGAUGAUAUGAUUCAAGUUAUGAGAAGACGACCCGGGGUUGGCCUUGCUGCUCCCCAAAUUGGUAUUCCUUUAAAAAUUAUUGUAGUGGAGGAUACUAAAGAAUACAUAGCACAAGAACCAGAAGAAGAGACCAAGGCACAUGACAGGCAUCCUUUUGAUCUUAUGGUUAUUUUGAACCCAAAACUUAGAAAAAAGAGCAACAAGUCAGCAUUGUUUUUUGAAGGCUGUUUAAGUGUUGAUGGAUACAGAGCAUUGGUUGAAAGGUUUCUUGAGGUAGAGGUUAGGGGGUUGGAUCGAGAUGGGAAGCCCAUGAAGGUGAAUGCUAGUGGGUGGCAGGCUCGUAUUUUACAACACGAAUGUGAUCAUCUAGAGGGAACUCUGUAUGUUGACAAGAUGGUGAAACGAACAUUCAGGACCGUUGAGAACGUGGACUUGCCUCUUGCUAGUAGCUGUCCUAAGCAGGGUGUUUGCUAGCAUUAUGGUUUCAAGGUCUAUUUAGUAUGAGUACUAGGCUACCAGUUAUGGUCGCUUUGCCAAGAAUACUUUAGAAGAUUUAUCAUCUUUUAGUCGGGAAAUUAUAGUGUCAUAGCUUGGAUGUUGAAUAAUAAAGAGCUUCCAAAAUGGGAUCAUCAGAAUUCAUAGGUAUGAUCCCUUGAUGUCAGACAUUACGAGUGACAGACAUUACGAGUGACGUACUGAAUGUUCAUGCAACCGAUUGAUAUAGAAUUUAUAAAAAAAAAAUAUAUCCCUAAACAGUUUUAUACCAAAAUCGAUCUUGACUACAUGAACCACCUGAUUGUCUAAACCUUUUUGGUCUGAUGUUCUUAUUAUUCAACAAAUCUGUAGCAAUUUUUAAUCUUAAUUGUUUCUUGGUAA